AUGUUGGCCUGGUACAAAGCCCGCCUCGCCGCCCGGCCCUUGCUCACCCAGAGCGUCACCACGGCCGUCCUCUUUGCCGUCGGCGACAUCACCGCCCAGCAGCUCGUCGAGCGCCGCGGACCCACGGGCCACGACUCAAUGCGUACCGGCCGCAUGGCCCUGUACGGCGGUGCCGUCUUUGGCCCUGCCGCAGCCACCUGGUACGGCAUCCUGCAGCGGCAUGUGGUGCUGAGCACGCCGCGCAAGACGAUGCUGGCGCGGGUGGCGGCGGACCAGGGCGUCUUUGCGCCCGUGUUUAUCGGUGUCUUUUUGAGCAGCAUGGCCGUCCUCGAGGGCGGCUCGCCGCAGGAGAAGCUCGAAAAGAACUACAAGAACGCGCUGACGGCCAACUACAUGCUGUGGCCGGCGGCGCAGAUGGUCAACUUCUCGCUGGUGCCGUUGGAGCACCGUGUGCUCUUUGUGAACCUGGUGUCGAUUGGCUGGAACUCGUACCUGAGCUAUCUCAACAGCUCAAAGUAG